UCCCUUUUAGUGUAUUUUUUAACAUGGUGUGCAUUAAAUCAUUUGACAUGAUAAUGUAAAUUUGUCUUCGUCUCUACCAAUAUCUUCUGCUCAGCAUGCAAGCUGAAGAUAGCUCCGACAUAUCCGUUUCAACAAGUGAAUCAGACGAGUCUGACUUCCUAACACAAACAGUGAGCGCAUCAAAACGUAGCCGUAGGACUAAAAAACGCGUACUUACAGCAAGAUCAAGCGAAACUGACUCUUCAAACAACAAAUUGCCUUCAACAGCUGAUUGGAAUGUUUAUUUUCUGGAAUCGUUGGGCAUAUUUUAUAAUGAGGUCUACCAUCCCUCACCUUUGGACAUAUUGAACAUGAUUUAUGGAGACAUAUAUAUUUUUGGACCAUUGACAGAUGAUCAAAAGUUUGAUAUGGAAAGAUUGCAGGAAUGUAUGACAUUUAAUUCUUCUAUAGCUGAAGUUAUGGAAGAUGAAGCAGAUAUUGUGCAAAAUGCUGAUGGAGACAUAUUUUUUCCAGAUCUGGAGAAUGAUAUUGAAAAUUUAAGCAGUCCUUCUUUACAAAGAGCUGAGGACUUCCUUGUUAAUGUACAGCUGAUGAUUUCUUGCCAUGUUGCAUUUCUUAACGGUUUGACAGAGAAUGAAGUUCCUGAAGAUAUGUUUGUUAAUAUUUUGGAAGCAUUUUCAAACAUGUGUCAUAUUUUGCCUGUUCCAGGAUCAGCUUUUAAAAGUAAAAAGAUAAUUCAAAAUGUUCCUGUGACUUCAUCUCCACAUGUGGUUCUAAUUCCAUGGAAGAAUCGUCUUAUUUCAUUUGCAGAAGAAGCAGCAUGUAUAGUGUCAGUUGCACAGGUGCAAAAAGAGAAGCAGGCAAAGAAAAGUCAAGCGAAAUGGAAGAACACAGAACCAACAAAAUUUUCUCAAGAUUUAAAACAUUCAAGUGACUGUGGAUCUAAAGUUAGUCAAGUACCUCUUAUAUUUGAAAAAGUUCAUGGAAAUAUCCUCGGACAACAUGGUGGUGAACUGCUGAUUAAUGAACAUAGUUAUGGCAGUAUUUUAAGCAAAGGGAGAAUAUUGAAGUACCUUCCAGGGAUAAUAUGCAUUGGAACAGAGGUUAUAUUUACCCUGUUGAAAAUAAACAGCAAUCAUUUGAGGGAAUUAAAGACAAAGUCCAAAACUGUCCGACAAGAUACAAAAGCUACAAUAUAUUAUUCAGAACCCAAAGAUUUGUUACGGAAAGUGGACAGAGACAUCUUGAUAGAAUCAUUUAUACGCUUAAAUAAUAUUUGUAAAAUAGACAAAUUAGCAGUCUAAGAAGUUGACAUAUGAUUAAUGUCUAGAUAUUUUAGUGAGCUGUUUAUGAAGAUGUAUAUAUUCAUUAUUUACUCUUAUUCCCGGCAAAGAUUAUAUAUAUACACAUAC